AUGAUUCGUGAUGCCGCCAUAAACCAAAAUAAGUGGGUAUUCAUCGGGAGAUAUAAACACGUAUACACACUCACGCAUAUCUAUCUAUCUAUCUAUCUAUCUAUCUAUCUAUCUAUCUAUAUAUGUUAUUCGCAGCUUUCCUCUCUCUCUCUCUCUCUCUCUCUGUAUCUCUGCCCUCUCUCUAUCUCUUUUACUCUAUCUCUUGUCCGCCAUCAAAUUACCGCGAGGAAAGUUCACCGCGAGGAAAGUUCACCGCGAAGAAUGUUCACCGCGAGGAAAGUUCACCGCGAAGAAUGUUCACCGCGAGGAAAGUUCACCGCGAAGAAUGUUCACCGCGAAGUAAGUUCAACGCGAGGAAAGUUUACCGCGAAGAAAGUUCACCGCGAAGAAAGUUCACUGCGAAGUAAGUUCACAGUGAGGAAAGUUCACCGCGAGGAAAGUUCACCGCGAAGUAAGUUCACAGCGAGGAAAGUUCACCGCGAGGAAAGUUUACCGCGAAAAAAGUUCACCGCAAAGUAA